AAGAGUGAAUAAAGAUCUGAAUUAACCUAUACACCAUUCAGUAAUAACAACUAUACGAAAACGAACAAGUACAUACAAGGUCACUGGUAUUUCCACUCGCGACGAAAAUUUCGUUUCUAAAUUCUAAUCGUUUUUAAACUGAUACACACGUGUGAUUGUUGAGAAAACAUUUCAAGUUCAAGUGCUCCUUGUAAGACAUAUUCGUGAAAGUGAAGUUUUUUAAAUUAGAAAUACGAGCACCUAAUAAUAUAAAAAUGAUUUCACAAAAGGCGAUAAUCUUGCUACUCUUUUUCGUACUCGGAACAAAACGAAUUCUGGUGGAAUCAGCUCCAACUUCAAUAGAAGAAGAUCGAUCACGAAACAUUGAAAGAUAUGUGGCAAAAUUCAACACAUUGUUCUCCAAAUUCAUACAUGAUGAUUUGAAACCAGGAGAAAACAUGUUAUUUUCUCCUCUAAACAUUUACACGACAUUGGCACUGCUGCAUUUAGGUUCAAAUGGAGAAACUAAGAGAGAACUUUCAGAUGCUUUAGGAAUACCUGCUAGUGACGCUGGAUCUACAGCUCACCAAGACCUGGGUAAAAUAUUGAACGACCUACAAACAUCGAACGGAGCCGAAGUGCGAAUCGCGAAUUCAGUAUUUGUGCAGAAAGGAUUGAAACUAAAAGACAGUUACUUACAAGACACCAGAAAUUACUACAAAAACGAAGCUCAACAGGUUGAUUUCAAAAAAGGAGGUUCCGAGGCAACCAACAUUGUCAACAAUUGGGCUUCAAUCAAUACGAAAAACCGCAUACCUCAAUUAUUCAAAAGUGAAAUACCUUCAGAAACGUCACUGUUACUGGCCAGCGCUUUAUUCUUCAAUGCCUCUUGGCAAGAGCCAUUUGGUACUUGGGCGACCAAAGACGAAAAAUUUAACACCGGAGCGAAACAAACGACAGUUAAAAUGAUGCAUAGUAAAGAAUACGUUCCGUACAUGAAUAUUGAACAAUUAGGAAUCGAAGCGAUCAGUCUGCCGUACAAAAAUAACGAAUUCUCUAUGGCUGUUUUCUUACCCUACGAAAAUAAAUCAGUGAACGUCUUCGUAGAUGGUUUAAAUACCGAAAUUCAGCAACUAAUCACUCGAGAGUUCAGCUCGAAGCGCAAUUUCGUCGAAUAUAAAAUCCCUCGUUUCAAAUUCGAUUGGAAGCGGAAUAUUAAUGCCCUCGUAAUGAAAUCUGGUAUUAAAAAAAUAUUCAAAAAUGCCGAAUUACACGAAAUGAUCGAGAACUCCGAAUACUUGAAAGUAUCGGAAAUAAGUCACGCGGCUGAAAUACAAGUUGAUGAAAGCGGCACAAUGGCAAGUGCCAUAAGUUACGGAGUGGAAGUUCUGAUGGCGAAACACGAUCCGGAGCCUAUCAAAUUUUAUGUAGAUAGACCGUUUGCGUUUUGGAUUUAUCACCAUAAAAGUGGUAUUGUUUUGUUUACAGGGAUUGUACAAAAUCCAACGGUUUAAAUGCGCCGUUUUUGGUACCCUUCUACCUGAUACACAUUUCUUUUUGAAACUUUCAAUGUCUCAAAAGAGAUGAGACGCGUCAAUUUGAAUGAUUUUUGAAAGAAAAUAAAAUUGCUUCUUAUGAUCCAAAAUUUGACCCCCCUUGCUGUGUUUGCUGAAUACUGAUGCAUCACGAAGUCCGAAUUCAUUAGAAGAAAAACUAAAAUUAUUCAUCCAAUCGAGUGAUUUUGGAAGUUGAUGGACAAUAACAAAUGGUUGAUACGUUUUGGAAUGUGGAACACUGCUCAAAGGACUCUAUGCCAAUUUUUUGUUGCAAUUUUUACACAGGAGGUUCUAAUGUUUCCACAUCAACUCAAUCAUCGAUGCAACAGCGCAUAUGAAAUAUCAUUUUUUUAAUUUAUUUUUUUUUUUUAAAUCAAAACAGUAAUUUAUUUAUUUUUCUAAACAAUAAUUAUACAUACAAUGUACCUAAAUGUGUUGAGGAAAUGCCUGAAUAAAUCACCAAAAUUCAAUUA